AUGAUUUGGUACAUUACUGUUGUAUUACUUCUUCACGCCUCACGGGUCCAAGGCCACACUCUUGAGGGUACAAUUAUUCCGCCCAAUAACGCUCCGGCUGAUUGGUUUGUGCAUACAAGAAUUCAUGUGGAUGGUUCGCAAUAUGUUGGCUUUGUCCAACAAAAUGGUUAUUUCGAAGUUUCUGGUGUACCAUCGGGUUCGUAUGUGGUCGAGCCAAUUCAUCCCAAUUUCGUGUUCCAGACCGCUCGUGUCGAUAUCAAUUCAAAGGGUCGUAUUCGAGCUCGUCGGGUGAACGCUCCGCAACCAAAUGCGGUAAAAGAACUUCCUUACCCUUUACGUCUUUCUGCCAGUGGAAAUGCAGUCUAUUUCAAGCCCAGAGAACAGCUACGUACCGUGGAUGUCUUAUUUAGUCCGAGUGUGCUGUAUGUUCUCGUACCGCUUAUAGUGGUCAUGGUCCUUACGCGAUUGAUCAAUACUAGUGAUCCGGAACUACAAAAAGAAUUGCAACAGAUGAGUCGUCAACAAAAAUUGCCUGAUUGGGGUGAGGUCUUUUGUGACAAUUUUUUUACAUCUGUUCAAUAA